ACAAACAAGGUGUGCAUGUUACAGAGAGCUAAGUCAAGUGAAGUGAAGGGUAUCGUUAUUUUGAGUGAACCUGGAACGCUUGAGGAUGAAUUUUCUUAGAGGAACAGGAAUAAAAGCCUGUCGAAAUUUGGCUCAGCUGCUGAAUGUUGUUCAGUCACAGAGUCAAGUCAGAUGCAUGAGGUGUGCCAGGCCAGUAGCCUUGAUGUUCUCCACUCCUCCACAACUGCAGCAUCCAAGAUAUCAGCACUCAGUGAGCUUCAAUGCCAGCUGGAGCACAAAUGACUUAUCUACAUGGCAGAAAAUGAAGUGGGACAUGGGGUUCUAUGGGAAGCUGCAAGUUCCCAACAGACGUCUCAAACUGUCAGGCUACAACCUGUACGUGUGCUGCACAGAUUUCAUCGACUUUCCAGAGUUUGUCAAAGAAACUGGGAUACCAGACACAUUCAACUCCUGGUUCUCGCUGCUACAGCUCCAUCUAUGGCUUGUGUAUGUGAAGCUGUCACAGAUGGGACCCGAGGGAUUCCUGCUAAAGAACCACAUGUACUCCUCCAUGUGGCACGGUGUGGAAAAACGCUUGGAAAAGUUUGAGGACAUGCUGGGAAGCGAACGUCGCAAAGCUGUGAAGAAUUUCUACAGUAUGAUGGUCUUGUCCAUUAUGCAUUAUGAUGAGGCCAUCCUUAGCUCGGACAAGCUGCUGGCCAAUGCAUUGUGGCUUCAGCUGUUUGGUCAGGACGCAGACGUUGCUCCAGACAAACUGGCUCUCAUGGUGGAAUAUAUUCGCAAACAGGUCCAAUAUCAUGACAGUCUAGACCCUUCUCAGCUGAUGCAGCCUGGGUACAUAAGCUUUCUCCCACUUCAUGGAGACCGACUGGACGUGGCAAAAGCUGACGCUGAUUUUCAAACUCUAACAAAGAAUAAAGAUAUAUACUGAAAUGUGGGGUAAAUAUGGUGCGUGUGUGUGUGUGUGUGUGUGUGUGUGUGUGUGUUUGUGUGUGUGUGUGUGAGAGAGAGAAAAAGAGAGAAAGAGGGAGAAAGGCAGAGAAAGGCAGAGAGAGAAGAAACAGAAAAGAGAGAGAUAGUAAAUGCUCUUGUGAUUGUGGUGUAUAUGUUGUAUGGCCAUUGCUUUAUAGCUGUAUGUGGGUAUGUGGGUAUGUCAUUGUAUGGAGAGGAACGAUUAAAAGUUAUGUCAAAGUAAAAUAUUUCGAUGCAAUCAGUGUGAAAGACUCUUUCUUGUAAGUUAUUCUGUACUUACUUGUUGUGAUUGUGUCAAAGUUGAGAUCGCAUACUUAUCACCUAAAAGAUGCUGCUCUAUUUCAUUGUGAAACUAAACCGUGUUUGGAUAUUGUAAAAGUUAAUAGGAAGAGAAGAUGCUUCUGUCACAAUAGAUUUGUUACCACCACCACCAUCCCCCCCCCCUUCCUCUGGAAAUUUUGUAAAUUACAAAUUUCAUUUGUGAGGCAUCGUGGUGAAUUCAGAUGCUUGUUGAAAUAAUGAAAUCUAAAAAUCUCUAUUUUUUAGAGCAGGUUUGGCAAUUUUAACAAAUUUUUCUUUUUUGUUCAACACCUUUUAUAUCCAUUCAAAAACAUAUUUCUGUGUGGAUUUUUACUGAAAACUCUUAAUUAAAGGAACACAGAAUAUAAAUUUUCGGUUUCCGAGGACCCUCAAGCCAAAAAAGUGACCAAAUUUUUGGCGGCCAUUUUCUUGCUAAUAUUAUGUCUGAAAUCAGACGCCCCCUACAUCUUUCAGUUGCAAAUAUCUCAAAUUUUAUUCCAGUCAGAUGGAAAUUUUUUUCACAGAAAGCAAGGCAAAUGAACAAGCUUUCAGAAAAUACCAAUAACUCCAUAUUUACUUACAAAUUUAUGAGGGCCUGAUUCCACCAAGUGGUGCCACAUUUGUGCAUAACGUCAUGGCAACCCAGUUGUGGCCCCAUAGAGAGUGGAGACCUGAUAUAUGCUUAGAAGGCUUUGAGUUGUAAGCAUCAAGUUUAUUUUACUGAUAAUUCUAUGACUCAUUUUUUCUAAAGCCUUUGGGGGGGGGGGGGGGGGUGUUUUUACUUGUGUUUUACUGUUUGUCAUGGGUGACUGUUUUGAUGCACAAUAUUUUGCUGCUGCUGUUCAUUAAGUAAAUAAACCCAAAGUCUAUCAUUUUAUCCUUGAA